AUGCCUCUUCAAAGUAGGAAACGUCGUUCCCAACCUGCCGAAGACUCUGACGAUCCUGACCCUAGUCCUCCUCAGCGCCGCAGGCUUACUCAGAAGCAAUUCCAACCUCAGCGACGGAAUGGAGAAUCUUCUACACAGGGUGCUAGGGCAAAUAGAAGACUCGAAACCCCAGAGGAUGAUGAGGAAGAUGAUGCCCUAAGUGGUGAUGAGGAGCUUGGAGACUCGCACGGGGGGACAAAUAAGGAUCGUUUGGUCAAAAAGCUUAUUAGAUUAGCGCUCGCUUCAGAAUACAUUAGGCAGCCACUGAAGCGGACAGAUAUAUCGAGUAAAGUUCUCGGCACCCAAGGAAGAAUGUUUAAAAGUAUUUUCGAUCAAGCGCAAAGAGAGCUACGGGAAGUAUUUGGAAUGCAGUUGGUUGAGCUACCGAUGCGGGAGAAGACAAAGUUGAGCCAACGUAGAGCUGCCCAGAAUUCAGAUAGGGCACCUACAUCAUCGAAACAGUACCUGUUACAAACAGUCUUACCUCAGCCAUUCCGAGAGUCUGAAAUUGUCCAGCCUCAUGGAUUUAGGGAACAAACAUAUACUGGGCUUGUUACCAUGAUUGUUUCUCUCAUCUACCUUAAUGGCAAGGUUCUUCCAGAGAAUAAGCUAAUAAGAUAUCUUACGAGAAUGAACGCCGAUGAUUAUACCCCAAUCGACAAGACGGAAAAGAUAAUAGCGUUGAUGGUCAAGCAAGGAUACAUUACCAAACAAAAGGAUGACACAGGUGAUGGUGGACAUGAUUACUAUCUUGGACCCAGGGCAAAAAUGGAGAUUGGUUCUGACGGCGUCUUGAACAUGUUGAAAACAGUUUAUGGAGUCAAAGCUCCGGAAGACUUGGAGAAAAAAUUACAACGAAACAUAGGUCCUGAUUUGGAUGCAAUUGCAGCUGAUGAGGGACCUUCGCAGAAAAGGGUCAAAGGAGGAGUGGCUGUGGGUUACAAGGCAGAAUAG